UUUGAUAUGAUUUAAAACAUUGAAAAGAUUUACCUGCGGAUAUAGGUGGAAAAGAGUCUACUGCGCAUUCGUUUUGUUAACACUUUGGUUUCAUAACUGAAUGCCGUUAUCAUGGCGGAAAAGACGUAGAAUAAAGAAGAAAGAAGAUCCAGAUGCACUUAUGAUAGUGAAAUAAUACCUAAAAGGAAGUACUCGUCAUGAAUAGAAUAUUGCAGAUACUUACAUUUUAUCUCUUAGCAGAUGCUGUCUUUUCUGCGAUUCCUUGUUUAACAUGGGAAAUGACUCUUGGUAAACUGGAUAUCAUAUGCCGACUUGACAAUGUCGUUUUACCCGUUUCAAUUUAUGAUACGUUUGAGCAAGAACAAGGAAAAUGCGCAUUCAAAGAUUUUUCCGCAAUAUGUUCAUCUGUAAAUAAUCUUACAAAUAUAACCGCCAGCUAUUCAAAACGAGAAUUCAAGUUAUCAAUUACAAACGUGACUAGAAGCCUUGCCAAAGGAGAAUGGAGUUGUAUCCAGGGAACACACACCUUCAAAACUCUGAUUUCUCCAUUAGCAGGAAUUAUUUCGUCAACGGAAGUUGUCUUGACUGGGAACAUAAGCCGGCAUCAAAGCAGUAUGAAAACAGUUAAUUUGUCGUGUUUUUCCUGUCGAGAACCUCAUGGAAAUCAUGUAGAAUUUCUUAUCAACCAUCAUUCUGUAGACAACGUAAGAUAUGACCAUGUCACUAAAAGAUGUUUACACAAAGAUGGUGAAUGCAGACCUGAUCAUUGUUCAUGUUCAAACAGUGGAAACCUGUUUUAUUAUACAUUCGAAUUUACUGAUAAAACUACGGAAAUCAGUUUCACAUGUGGCAUGAGAUUUGUAGAUAAAUUAUUAACAACAAGAUUUUCAAAGUUUUCAAGUGUGAUUUACAAUGGGAAAGAAUUUAAAAGUAAUGGAUCUGAAACUGAAAUAACUAAAGAUCCCGUGAACAAUGGUUUUAACCAUAGUGGAUCCGACAAUAAGACAGAUAACAGACCUAAUUCACCAGUUAAAGAGGAUGCCGAUUUCAUCAAAUUUUCAACAUUUGCCAUUUAUUUUCAAGAAACAGGACUGAAAUGGGCUUUUGUAGGUGUGGCGGUGGUCUUACCCGUCCUUCUAACUGUGGUAAUUGUCUGCUGCAGAUUACAUAUUACGAGAAAGCGAAAAGAAUUGUUGUUACGAAAACGCAGUGGUGAAACAGCGGAACUAAAUCCUCUUACUCAACCAUUGUUAACAGGUAAUAAAGAUACAGAGCCUAAAGAACACAAAGACAAUGUUGGUAAACUGGUGUUACUAAUUGCAAAUAUUGCAAAGAAAGUUAUAAAAAAAAUAAUUACUUGCACAUUACUAACUAAUGAUCAAACAUUGACGUCGUAUCUGAAAAAUGUGAAUAAUAAACAUGCAUUAUUUCAUGCAUGGCAUAACAAUAAAAGAUGUUGUCAAUGCAAAACAGAUGAUAAUGUUCAGAAGGAAAGUAUGUUAACAAAACAACAAUUUCAUAUCAUGUUUAAUAACAGCGGGUCAGUUCCACAAAGCCAUCAACACAUUAAAUACAGCAAGAUAUAUUGCUUUUACAAUAUUGAAGUCAAUGAAAACGUGUCUCUAGAUGUGUUAGAUGUAAGUGUGGCCACUUGUUUACUAGUUUGCGGUUGCACUCCCGAAAUAGUGCCGGAGUUGACCGACAGACAAUCAAUUUUAGACUCGAUGAAGAAUAUCAAAGAUAAACGAAAUGAAAUUUUUCAUAUGACAGCUUUAAAACACCUAUCAGAUGAUGAAUUCACGGAUAAAUGGCAGAAGAUUCGGAUACCUGUAGUUAAACUGGCUUCUGUGAUAAAUUCUCACUUCCAUAAUGAAAUAAAGGGAGAAAUAAAUGUUUUGAAAAAUGAAAAUUUAGAAGAUACUACAGCAUAUUCAGAGAAGUUGACUGGAUUGUUGAUGCAGUCUAAACAAGAUAUGGAUCUGAAGAUUAAUCAACUAUGUGAAGAAAGGUUUAUGGCUAAGUUAGGGGAAGCUAACAAGGGCAUCGAACGUAUUCGAAAAAGAGAAAGGACUGUUUUUACAAAGUUUGGCGACAUUUCUAUAAAUAUUGUGCAAUAUCCAGAUGUAAAGGUGGAAGAUUAUCCAGAUCGAAACACAUUGGAUGUUCUUUUGCGAGUUCAGGCACCUAAUGAAUGGAACGAUGAUGAAAUAAUGGAAAUGAUACGACAAAUGGUAGAUCAAAUAAACAGUAGAGGAAAUAUAAAAAUCAAAGAAACAACACUUGAAAACUUUAUGUUAAUAGUUGAAAUGAAGAUUGAAAUAUUAAUCGAAGAGGAACCAUUGAAAAGUGAAAUAGAAUAUUUCUUCCGAAUUAUAUGUCAGCUGUGUAAUAUUGAUAUUACUCAGCCAAACACUAUAGAGGUCUCAAUUGAAAACCUCUCACAUACAAAUAGUUACUCAUUAGACGAAAGACCAUCUGAAGUUGAACUUGUUUUUAUAAGGAGUUUUGUUGUUCAAAAAGGAAAAGAUGCUUUCUUUACCAGUUGUGCAGUAUGGUCGGACAAUCAUUAUAUUCUCAUUGAUCGGAACAAUGCGCUUCUUUUGAUGUACAAUCACAACACUGGUGAUAUUCAAUCGGAGGAUCUGAGGAACGAACCAUUUAGUAUGGCGAUUAUUGAAAACAACAACGUAGCCAUUUCAUUCCCAGAAAGACAGGAGAUUGCUAUUUAUUCGUUAAGCACCAGCAACAAAUUUAAAUUUAAAGAGGUUAUAAAAGUCGACGGUAAAUGUUUUACACUUACGAAGAAAGACGACGAAACAUUGCUUGUUUAUAUAGAUGGCAAAGGAAUACAUUCUUUUAACAUGUCAAAAAAAGAAUUUAAAUCCCUCGACAUACAAAUUCCAUCUUUUGUCCCGCAUUCUGACGAAAUUUGUGCUCGAAACAACCGUCUUUAUCAUACUAGCCGCUCCAGUAGCUCUGUAUUCUGUUAUGAUAUGAACGGUAGUAAGUUGUGGAAUUUUAAAGGAGUUUUAAAAAGACCUACGGCAUUGACAUGCGAUAAAUUUGGAAAUGUUUAUGUUACUGAUUAUACGUCUCACCAUCUGUAUUUCAUUUCUGCUGAUGGUCAGUCAUGCAAAACAUUGUUAGGUAGAAAAGACCAGCUGUGGUAUCCAACCUUUGUUUAUUAUUGUAUGAAAAGAAAUUGUUUGUUAAUAGUUAAUAGGGACAACGGGGACGCUGCAAGUUACAGUAUUAAGUAUAAAUAUUAGUAUAGAUAAUGUGAAAAUGGUCAAGUAUCUCCCUCAAACUCUUGUACCCAAAUUAAAAUAUUUGUUUAUACUUGCUAUUGUUUCCUUUUGUUGUUUUUAUAAUUAUACAUUUACAUUGAU